ACGAAAGAGAGAACUCUUCUCCUUCUUCUCCUUUGUGCUUCUUAUUCUUUUUCCUCUUCUCCUUUCUCUCUCUCUCUCUGUCUGGUUAUAUUUGGCGCGAAAAGGUCUUCACUUUAUAGCUUUUUGUUUCUCUUUUAUUAUCCGACAGCUUCGCUACAAAUAAAGAUGUCAGUGGCAAUAAUCUUGAUAUUGGCAUUGACCAGUCUGACUCCGAAUUACGCAAAAGAUCACGGCGCCGGGAAAGUAUGCGACGAACUUGGCCGGAGAUCAUUGAGCACGAGACCACACAGUGUCUCCAUCACAGAUUUUGGUGCAGUGGGAGAUGGCAAAACGCUCAACACUAUCGCGUUUCAAAACGCCGUUUUCUACCUUAUGUCUUUCGCCGACAAAGGUGGGGCCCAGCUCUAUGUCCCGCCUGGAAGAUGGCUCACCGGAAGUUUCAGCCUCACCAACCAUCUCACUCUCUUUCUCGAAGACGGCGCCCUUAUAGUUGCCUCUCAGGAUCCUUCGCAUUGGGAAGUUGUUGAUCCGUUACCUUCGUAUGGACCGGGCAUUGAUUUUCCCGGGAAGCGAUACAAGAGUUUGAUCAACGGUAACAUGCUACAUGAUGUUGUUGUAACAGGUGAUAAUGGAACUAUAGAUGGACAAGGCUUGGUUUGGUGGGAUCGUUUGACUUCUCAUUCCUUGAAGUAUAACCGACCUCACCUCAUUGAGUUUAUCUCAUCUGAAAAUGUAAUUGUCUCGAAUCUUACAUUCUUGAAUGCUCCAGCUUAUACAUUCCAUUCAAUCUACUCUAGUCAUGUAUAUAUUCAUAAGAUAGUGGCUCAUGCUUCCCCUGAAUCUCUUUAUACAAUCGGUAUUGUACCAGAUUCUUCUGAUAACGUAUGCAUUCAAAAUUCUACCAUUAACGUGGGGUAUGACGCCAUAUCCCUCAAAAGUGGUUGGGAUGAAUAUGGACUUGCCUAUUCCCGUCCCACUGAAAAUGUUCAUAUAAGAAAUGUUUACCUUCGAGGAGCUUCUGGUUCGUCUAUCUCCUUUGGCAGUGAAAUGUCUGGUGGAAUAUCCGGUAUCGUGGUAGAUAACGCCUUUUUACACAACUCAUUAACCGGCAUUGCCUUUAGAACCACAAAAGGCAGAGGUGGUUACAUCAAAGAUAUCGAUAUUUCAAACAUCGAUAUGUCGACAAUAGGUACUGCCAUUGUUGCUAAUGGUAGCUUUGGAUCUCACCCGGAUGAUAAAUAUGACGCAAGUGCUCUGCCACUUGUGAGUCACAUUAGAUUAAACAACAUUUCUGGAGAAAACAUCGGUGUUGCGGGGAUAUUGUUUGGGAUCAAAGAGUCUCCGUUUAGCUCAGUGGCUUUGUCGAAUGUCUCUUUGUUGAUGAACUCGGGUUCUACUGUUUCUUGGCAAUGCUCCUAUGUUUACGGAUCCUCAAAUUUGGUCACUCCUGAACCGUGUCCCGAGCUGAAGAGAGAUGAUGAAGCUUAUGGUAGAGCUGCAGUCUAGUGAAGGUGUGACUGCAAAACAAAAGGAAAAAAGGGCAAGAACUUUUCUUGGGAUUCUUUUAUAGGAAUAAAUUCAUAUGUUGUGAAGUUAGGUCAGAUUCUUUCCGCAAGAUAAACCACAUUGUCUAAUUAGGUCAUACAUGCUUCUUUUGGUUAUUCGGGGUUUUAUUAUUUCAUUCUAUGUUGUUUGCAUAUUGUGAGAUAAGAAAUCUGUACAGGUUCAUUUCUUCAUUCAUAUGAAAUUUUGUUGAGCACUUUUGUCGAAUGCAGUGAUUAAUAAAAAGGAGAUGUUUUUUUUUAGUUUUA